AUGGCAGUGCGUUUCGUUGCCAGCUCGCUGGGCCUGCUCGCCUCCCUCGUGGCUGCAGCGACCAACGUCACGGAUCCCUUUCAGCAGUCGUGUCUCUCGUUCCAGCCGCAGAAGCACGUCUACAACGCUACCCUAACCGCGAGAGAGUUCGUGCCGGCCGGUACCACCCUCACGUUCCCGGACAACGACGCAACAUGCAACCGGGCCAGCCAGCUGGUGUCGUCGGACAUCUGCCGCAUUGCUCUGUCCAUCCCGACGUCGGAUAAAUCCAGCCUCACCUAUGAGAUGUGGCUCCCCCGCGAAUGGACCGGCAGGUUCCUGGCCACCGGCAACGGCGGUAUCGACGGAUGCGUCAAGUAUGAGGAUCUUGCUUACACGUCGCUGAACGGCUUCGCGGCUGUUGGCUCCAACAAUGGCCACAACGGCACGUAUGGCAAUGCCUUCUACCAGAACGACGAAGUGAAGAGAGACUUCGCAUACAGAUCGCUCCACACCAUCACCGAUGUCGGCAAGAAGCUCACCAAGCUCUUCUACGACGGUGACAUCAGCAAGUCGUACUACCUGGGCUGCUCGCUGGGCGGCCGCAUGGGCAUCAAGGCGGCCGAGAAGUUCCCCGACGACUACGAUGGCAUUGUUGCCGGCGCCCCAGCCGUCGACUUCAACAACCUGAUCUCGUGGAGGGCCAGCUUCUUCCCCAUCACCGGCGCCAAGGGCUCCGAGAACUUCAUCUCUGCCGAUAUGUGGAAGACGACGAUCCACAAUGAGGUCCUGAACCAAUGCGACGGCAUCGACGGCGCCGAAGACGGCAUCAUCGAAGACCCAACUCUGUGCCAUUUCAACCCCGAGACGCUCCUCUGCGCCGCAGACACGACCAACAGCACCACUUGCCUGAACGCCAUCCAAGUCGGCAUCGUGCGCCAGAUCUUCUCGCCCUUCUUCGGGCUGGACGGCGGGCUCAUCUUCCCCGGCAUGCAGCCCGGCUCCGAGGAGCUGGCCGUGUCCAAGCUGUACGCGGGCGCGCCCUUCUCGUACUCGGAGGACUGGUUCAAGUACGUCAUCUACGACCCGUCGUGGGACGCGUCAACCUUCACUGUGCUGGACGCGGCCUACGCCGAGCUGCGCAACCCGGCCAACAUCCGCACCUGGCCCGACUCGCUGGCGCGCUUCCAGCGCCGCGGCGGCAAGCUGCUGUCGUACCACGGCCAGCAGGACAACCAGAUCACCUCGUUCAACACGCCGCGCUUCUACCACCACUUGAUGCGCGGCAUGGGCUACGGCUACGACCAGAUGGACGACUUCUUCCGCUUCUUCCGCGUCAGCGGCAUGAACCAUUGCAACAGCGGGCCCGGCGCCUGGGUGCUCGGCCAGGGCGGCGGCGCCCCCGCCACCGGCAUCCCCUUCGACGCCGAGCACAGCGUCCUGGCCGCCAUCGUCGACUGGGUCGAGAAGGACGACGCGCCCGAGACCAUCACCGGCACCAAGUUCGUCGACGACGACGUCGAGAGCGGCGUCGCCUUCGAGCGCAGACACUGCUUGUUCCCGCGCCGCAACACGCUCGUCGGCACCGACCCGACCGAUCCCGACAGCUGGGAGUGCAAGUGGUCCAACUGGUGGGACGGCCUGGAUGGCGGCGCUUCGUCAGGCUUCGACAAUCCGUGGGUGAACGGGCCCCCGGGUCAUGGACAGUGGCCCGGCCACGCAUGA